AUGGUCUUUCGCGACAAGCCGGACGACCUCGCAGCGGCUGCCGAAGAGUACGAGCUCGAGGGCAACGCGCAGGACAAUGACCCCCUCCUGCCCCGGUACGAGGCCCGACCUUCGUCGCCUUCCGUUCGCUCCAAGGCAGCGAUAAGGCGGAGGCUGUCUCCGUGCAAGGUGCUCUCUCUAUUCAUUGGCACCCUCUUCGGAAUGCUUGCCAUCAUCACUAUUGUUGCCGUAUGCUUUGCGCCGCCGUCUGCCCUCGCUGAGUGGGAUCGGCUCCCACCUUCACUCAAAGAAUGGCUCAACACCUUGAUCCCCGACAUUGAGGAGGAGCUCAAGGACAACGCCGACUUCCCAACCAACGUGGGUUACGCUGGACCGACCCCCACCGGAUCUGAGGCGGCGCUUCUUGCUACGGCCACCAAGCUUCCGAUGUACACUGCCGUGGCCCCUCUCGUGCCCCCGCCAUCCAAGAGCGAAGGCUUCAGCAUUAUCCAGCACUGGGGUAACCUGAGCCCCUACCACUCUGUCAAGAGCCACGGUCUGCCCGACAGCUCGCAGAUCAUCCCGCAAGGAUGCGAGCUUGACGAGAUGCACUGGCUGCAGCGUCACGGGGCCCGCUAUCCUACCUCGAGCCCCCGUGGCCCUGCCGGGUUUGCCAUGCGCAUUGACAAGGCCAAGGGAUGGAAGGCCUCAAGUCGCCUCGAGUUCCUCAACGACUGGUCUUACAAGCUCGGCGCCGAGCUCCUCACCCCCUUUGGCCGUAGCCAGCUCUACAACCUUGGUGUCGCUGCCCGCGUCAAGUAUGGUUUCCUCCUCGACCGGUUCGAGGGCCGUCUCCCCGUUCUUCGCACCGAGUCCCAGGACCGCAUGCUCCGCUCCGCUCAGAACUGGGCUGCUGGCUUCUUUGGUAUCCCGGAUACGAAGCAGCACAACCUCGAGGUGAUGAUUGAGGCCCCUGGUUUCAACUGCUCCCUGGCCCCCUACCACUCGUGUCCCAACGACCGCAAGGUCUACGAGCCUACCCAGGAGAAGCUCGCACAGUGGGACGCUGUGUUCCUCAAGAAGGCCCGCAAGCGCAUCCAGAAGCAGAUUACCGGCUACGAGCUUUCGUUCACGGACGUCAAGGAGAUGAUGGACAUGUGUGCCUACGAGACCGUUGCGCUCGGCCACUCUGCCUUCUGCAGCCUUUUCACUGUCGAGGAGUGGAAGGGAUACGGCUACCGCAGCGACAUUUACUGGUGGUACGCUGCAAGCUUUGGCAGCCCCGUCGCUCGCGCCGAGGGUCUGGGCUGGCUCCAGGAGCUCACUGCGCGUCUCACCCACACUCCUCUCACCACCUUCAACUCGUCUACCAACUCGACCCUUCACGACAAGGUUCACUUCCCUGUCAAUGACCCCAUGUACAUUGACUUCACUCACGACACCACCUUCGCUCAACUCCUCCCUACCUUGAACCUCACCACCUUCUCGGCGGCUGGCCCGCCCCCUCUUGACCACAUCCCGAAGGACUGGCCCUUCCUGUCGGCCAAGUUCUGCCCCUUCGCGACCAACCUCCAGGUCCAGGUCCUCACAUGCUCGGACAGCGCGCUUAACCGCACCAAGACCCAGGACGAGGGCCUGUUGUCCGAGUGGUGGCCGUUCAACGAUGACGAGGACGAGGACACGACCCGUGCUCGCAAGCGUGACGACGAGGACGAGGACAAGGAGCCCGUGGUCGAGUCGGGCAGCAAGUCUCGCUACGUCCGUCUCAUUCUCAACGACGCUCCUGUGCCCCUCACCGGCGUCAACGGAUGCAAGCAGAACGACGACGGCCUGUGUGCCCUCGACUCGUUCGUCUCGUCCAUGCAGACCCUUAUUGGCGAGGUGGACUUUGACCACGACUGCCGUGCAGGUGAGCUCCUACAAGGUAGACAUUGA